CUGUACAGUCUGCAGGUGGAGGUAUAUACGGUUGUGGUGACAUCAGGAGCGCUGGGGGAGGGGACAUUACUAUUAACCCCUUCAGGUUUCUCCAAUCCAGGAUCCUCUGCUGAUAUCUUCUAUAUAAGAGAAUUCUCCUGGAUGACCCAUCAACCAUGGAGAGAGACAGGAACAAGAUGGCCGACAGGAUCAUAAACCUCACCCUACAGAUACUCUUCCGGCUUACUGGAGAGGAUUACACAGUAGUGAAGAAGUCCUCUAGUGGGCGCUGUCGGGCCCCUGUGUGUGAAGGAUGGGAAAGAACCGUGAGCCCAAUCCCGGGGCCCCCACCUCACUCCCUGAUACAUGAGGAAAUGGAUGAACAGAAGAUCCUAGAACUGAUCAACAAGAUGAUGGAGCUGCUGACUGGAGAGGUUCCUAUAAGGUGUCAGGACGUGGCGGUCUAUUUCUCCAUGGAGGAGUGGGAGUAUGUAGAAGGACACAAGGAUCAGUACAAGGAUCAGGUCAUGAUGGAGGAUCAGCAGCCACUCACAUCACCAGUCAGAUCCAGUAAGAGAACCGCACCAGAUGAGCAGUUUAUGGAGGUCAUUACUACAGACAUAAAGAAAGAAGCAGAGACAGAUGUGAGCAGGGAUGAGCAGUAUAAGGAGGACAUUCCUACCGGGAAAGAUCUGAUCUAUAUUAAUGCUACAGAUAUAAAGGAAGAAGAGACAGAUGUGAGCGGUGAUGAGCAGUAUAAGGAGGACAUUUCUACAGGUAACCGCCCAGAUUCUUGUAGCAGGAGAUCAGAGGAGAAUCUUAUAUCUUCAGAUUAUAAAGCAGAUGAUGAUAUCACACAAGAUACAUAUGAAGAACAUUCCAUUAUCCCAGAUACACCCUCAGCCCUUCACAGCCAAGAUCUGUCAUCUCAUCCUUAUAUACAGGUCCUGUCUUCUCAGUCAUCACAGGAUGUUCAGCAAAAUAAGGAGAAGCCAUUUUCAUGUCCACAAUGUGAGAAAUGUUUUACUUGGAAACCAGACCUCGUUAGACAUCAAAUAACUCACACAGGAAAGAAACCAUUUUCAUGCUCAGAAUGUGGGAAAUGUUUUACUCAGAAAUCAGACCUUGUUAAACAUCAAAGAACUCACACAGGGGAGAAACCCUUUCCAUGUGCAGAAUGUGGGAAAUGUUUUGCUGAUCAAUCAAGUCUUAUUCAACAUCAAAGAACUCACACAGGAGAGAAGCCAUUUUCAUGUGCAGAAUGUGGGAAAUGUUUCACUUUUAAAUCAGGUCUUGUUGUACAUCAAAGAACUCACACAGGAGAGAAGCCAUUUUCAUGUUCAGAAUGUGGGAAAUGUUUUAUUGAGAAAACAGGUCUUGUUUUACAUAAAAGAACUCACACAGGGGAGAAGCCAUUUUCAUGUUCCGAAUGUGGGAAAUUUUUUUCUUUUAAAUCAGGUCUUGUUGUACAUCAAAGAAUUCACACAGGGGAGAAGCCAUUUUCAUGCUCAGAAUGUGGGAAAUGUUUUACUUUUAAAUCACAUCUUGUUGUGCAUCAAAGAAUUCACACAGGGGAGAAGCCAUUUCCAUGUUCAGAAUGUGUGAAAUCUUUUACUCAGAAAUCAGACCUUGUUGUACAUCAAAGAACUCACACAGGAGAGAAGCCAUUUUCAUGUUCAGUAUGUGGGAAAUGUUGUACUCAGAAGUCAGAUCUUGUUAAACAUCAAAGAAUUCACACAGGGGGGAAGCCCUUUUCUUGUGCAGAAUGUGGGAAAUGUUUUACUGAUAAGUCAAGUCUUGUUCAACAUCAAAGAACUCACACAGGGGAGAAGCCAUUUUCAUGCUCUGAAUGUAGAAAAUGUUUUACUCAGCAAACACAUCUUGUUCAACAUAAAAGAACUCACACACGGGAGAAGUCAAUUCAGAGAUCCAGAGCGGCUCCUACCUGCUUCCUCCCUACUCAGUGGACGGUUCCUGCUGGUGCCGGGGAGCCCGUAAUGGCCGCAAUAGACGAGAGUGAUGACACCCUGCCCCUCGACUCAUGCAACCUCUCCGGGACUCCGGAAGAUGGCGGCGACUCCCCGCAUCAACUUACCUCGUCUCCCAAGGUGAAGAAGUCCUCUAGUGGGCGCUGUCGGGCCCCUGUGUGUGAAGGAUGGGGAAGAACCCUGAGCCCAAUCCCGGGGCCCCCACCUCACUCCCUGAUACAUGAGGAAAUGGAUGAACAAAAGAUCCGAGAACUCAUCAACAAGAUGAUGGAGCUGCUGACUGGAGAGGUUCCUAUAAGGUGUCAGGACGUGGCGGUCUAUUUCUCCAUGGAGGAGUGGGAGUAUGUAGAAGGACACAAGGAUCAGUACAAGGAUCAGGUCAUGAUGGAGGAUCAGCAGCCCCUCACAUCACCAGUCAGAUCCAGUAAGAGAACAGCACCAGAGAGGUGUCCCCGUCCUCUUCUUCCACAGGAUGAUCAGGGAGAAGAUCUGAACAAUAUUAAUGCUCCAGAGACAGAUGUGAGCGGUGAUGAGCAGUAUAAGGAGGACAUUCCUACAGAGAAAGAUCUGAUCUAUAUUAAUACUACAGACCUAAAGGAAGAAGAGACAGAUGUGAUCGGUGGUGAGCAGUAUAAGGAGGACAUUCCUACAGGGAAAGACCUGAUCUAUAUUAAUGCUACAGACAUAAAGGAAGAAGAAGAGACAGAUGUGAGCGAUGAGGAGCAGUAUAAGGAGGACAUUCCUACAGGGAAAGAUCGGAUCUAUAUUAAUACUACAGACUUAGGGGAAGAAGAAGAGACAGAUGUGAGCGGUGGUGAGCAGUAUAAGGAGGACAUUCUUACAGGGAAAGAUCUCAUCUAUAUUAAUACUACAGACCUAAAGGAAGAAGAGACAGAUGUGAGCAGUGAUGAGCAGUAUAAGCAGGACAUUCUUACAGAUUCUUGUACCAGGAGAUCAGAGGAGAAUCUUAUAUCUUCAGAUUAUAAAGCAGAUGAUGAUAUCACACAAGAUACAUAUGAAGAACAUUCCAUUAUCCCAGAUACACCCUCAGCCCUUCACAGCCAAGAUCUGUCAUCUCAUCCUUAUAUACAGGUCCUGUCUUCUCAUCCAUCACAGUUUCUUAAUCGAAAUAAGGAGAAGCCAUUUCCAUGUUCAGAAUGUGGGAAAUGUUUUACUCAGGAAUCAAAUCUUGUUCAACAUCAAAAAAUUCACCUGGGGGAGAAGGUAUUUACAUGUUCAGAAUGUGGGAUAUGUUUUACUCAGGAAUCAAAUCUUGUUCAACAUCAGAGAAUUCACUCAGAAGAGACAUUAUCACAAUGCCCAGAAAGUGGGAAAUGUUUUACCCAGAAUGCAUAUCUACUCCAACAUCAAAGGGCUCACACAAAGGAGAAACCAUUUUCAUGCUCAGAAUGUGGAAAAUGUUUUUUAAUGAAACCAGAUCUUAUUAAACAUCAAAAAACUCACACAAGGGAAAAAACAUUUUCAUGUUCACAAUGUGGGAAAUGUUUUAAUUUGAAAGCAUAUCUUCUUAAACAUCAGAGACUUCACACAGGGGAGAAACCACAUUCAUGUUCAGAAUGUGGACAUUGUUUUACCCAGAGGUCAAGUCUUGUUCAGCAUCAGAGAAUUCACACAGGGGAGAAGCUGUUUUCAUGUUCAGAAUGUGGAAAAUGUUUUACUAAGAAAUCAAAUCUUGUUCAGCAUAAGAGAAUUCACACAGGAGAGAAGCCAUUUUCAUGUUCAGAAUGUGGAAAAUGUUUUACCCAGAAAUCAGAUCUUGUUAAACAUCGAAGAACUCACACAGGGGAGAAGCCAUAUUCUUGUUUAGAAUGUGGAAAAUGUUUUACGCAAACGUCAAUUCUUGUUAAACAUCAAAGAACUCACACAGGAGAUAAGCCAUUUUCAUGUUAAGGAUGUGGAAAAUGUUUCACUCAGAAAGAAAAACUUAUUAGUCAUCAAAAAGUUUAA